AGCAGAUUAGUAAUACUGCUUUUUGAGCAAACCUGAAAACUAAAAGGCUUUCACUAUUAUUUAGACAGUCAACAACAUCAACACCGUUAUAUGUGAUCAUUAUUUCAAACACAAUAUUCCUAGAAACGGUUUCUGUAAUGUUUUAAAUUGUCUUUCGAAUACAGACAGCGGGAGAAGUAAAGCGUCCUGCUGUACAGACAUAAACUCUGCUGAGAGCCGACAGCAGUUGCCUGGUAACAACAGAAAACAAAUCCCAAGCGAGUCUGUCUGCCGGACAGCAGCUGCACAACAUGUCACCUAUUUCCUUGUCUAACAACCACCUGGCUUGUUGUUAUUGAAUGAACCUUUUCUUUCCACUUUACUGUACCUCCCCACAGCAGAAUGACCAUGGGGAAGAAAAGCCAAAGGACCAAAGUUAAGAAGAUCUCCUUGAAAGUGGCUCAGAGCUGCGUGGAGCUGACGACGGAUGGAAGACGUCGUUUAAAUCUUAGUUUUAAGGAGAUCGCCGUGGUGCCACAGUGCAUCCAGGGGCUGUGUGUGAUGGAUGAACUGGACCUGAGCAGGAACCUGAUCACAAUGGUCCCCGACUUCAUUGAGAGUUUCAUCAGCAUCAGUGUUUUGGAUCUGCACAGCAACUAUUUGGAGCAGAUCCCAGAGAGUAUCGGCCGUCUCCGGAACCUUCUGGUUCUGAACCUGUGCAACAACCGCCUGACGAGCGUCCCUAAGGAGCUCGGCCUUCUGACGAAACUAUGCACGCUCAACCUGUGCAUCAACCGGCUGCACGACCUUCCCUUCUCCAUUGGCGCGCUGAAGGAGCUCCGCCAUAUCGGCCUCUCCGACAACCGAUUCACCCUCCUCCCCGGAUGCCUCUCCAGAAUGAACAAACUGGAGACGGUCAAGCUGGACAGGAACCCCAUUGUCGUCAAAGGGAUGGCCAUCCAAGAGUCCAUGACGACCGAGAGCAGGUUUCAUCUGGUCAAAGAGAGCGCCCUGUGUGAGGCCUGCCUCCAGAAGUGCCAGACUGAGAGGGAUGAGCAAAAAUAAAUGACUGGGGGAUGAGAAGGAGAUGUGGAAAUUGGGUUCUUUUAUUUGACCUCAAUAGACCUCAAUAAACAAGUGUAUUGCACCCUCAAUAGGAAACCUGUAAUAUGUUGCAUACACAUACAGUAAGAAGCCUCAGACAACCACUAGAAUGUACAUGAUGCAUUAAUACAGUUAUGAAUGUAUUUUUUUGGAGCAGGUGUCCAUUAAGUGUCUUCACAAGAAAAUAAGACUCAUUGUUUUUUUGACUCAAAUUUUCAACAGUACUUCAAUUGUGUUUUUAACAUUUUUUUAUUAAAAUGCAGAGUGGAGUCAACGUAUAAUUUGAAUAAUUAUUGGCCACAUGCAUGUUUCAACUGCACGCAAAUUCAGAAAGGAAAAUAUACUGUAAAUAUCAUGUUCAGAUAUUGUGUACUUGAACUCAUGCGUGUACAAUUCCUUCGACCUAGAGGGCAGCAAAGACUACCAGAAGCAACAAAUGCCAAUACCUCAGUCACACCACCCUUAUCUCAUUGAUGUUAUUGAUUCUGAAUGCUUUGAUAAAAAAUGACAGUAUGUGACAGUAUCUUUAAUGGCCACCAUCAAGGAUUACGUGUUUAUGCAAAAGUAUUUUAAUAAAAGAAAAAAGGGUUAAGCUGCAAA